AGCGGGGCUCGUAAGGGAUGCGGUUGGCCUCGGCCGCGGCCAGGACCCCCGUUGCCGUCGCCGCGGCGGCUCUCGGUGCCGUGAGGGGUAGCCCCGCGCCAUGGGCCGCCUUUCCUUGCCUCUCCUCCUGGCCCCCCUCCUGCUGAGGCUGGGCUGGGCCCUCCAGAACGUCACCCCUCAGCUGUUCGGGGCCCAGGCCUUCGGGACGCUGGCCGCCUUCGGGGACUUCAACUCCGACAAGCAGACGGACCUCUUCGUGCUGAGGGGAGAUAGUGAAUUAAAUAUUUUCCUGGCAGAUCAAAAAGAGCCCUAUUUUAAACCCAAAGUCAAGUUACUGUUAACAAAUGUUGUGAUAACCAGCGUGGUCCCUGGUGAUUAUGAUGGUGAUUCUCAAAUGGAUGUCCUUCUGACAACUCGUCCACAAAAGCAACCCAGUGCUGACUUAACUGUUUUGAUCUUUUGGGGAAAAAAUCAAACAUUAGAUAUAAAUCAUAAACUUGUAUUAAACCGGACAUUUCAUGAUGAGCCGCUAAUUAUGGAUUUCAAUGGAGACUUAGUUCCUGAUGUGUUUGGAGUUACAAAUGAAACGGAUAAACCACAAGUACUCCUUGGCAAGUCUCUCUCAUGGCAACCAGCACUGGACGCACAAAACAAAAUGUAUAAACCCCACUCUCAUGCAUUCAUAGAUCUGAGUAAUGAUUUCACUGCAGAUUUGUUUCUUACCACUUUAGUAAAUGACAACCAAAUUCAGUUUGAAGUAUGGGAGAAUCAGGAUGGCAAUUUUUCCAAAGCUACACAUGUAAAGGGAAAACCUAAGGAUGCUGUUGUGGUUGGCCAGUCAGUGUUUGCAGAUUUUGAUGGUGACGGACAGACUGAGCAUCUGCUGCCAGCAUGUGCUGAUGAAGCUUGUCAGAAGAGUGUCAUCUACCUAUCUAAACCGGGAGCAGAUCAAGCGGAUCAGUGGUUUCCAGUGUUGGAGAACUUCACCAGCAAAGGCACAGUAUGGGGUUUUGUUCCCUAUUCGGAGGAGUCUGCUUCUACUGAAUUUUCAGUGCCCAUCACCCUUCACAUUGGAGAUUAUAACAUGGAUGGCUAUCCAGACGCACUGGCCAUACUGAGAAAUACAUCUGGAAGCGAGCAGCAGGCUUUCCUCUUGCAGAACGUGGAGUGCACCAACGCGAGCUGCCAGGGUGCACACCGCAUGUUCAGAGUCUACUGGGAGCUCUCGGGCCUAAAUCAAAUCAGAGGUGCCGUGGUGGCAACCUUCUUCGACAUUUACGAAGAUGGGAUCUUAGACAUCCUUGUCCUCAGCAAAAAUUCUACGAAGGGCAACCUCGCCAUCCAUGCUUUGAAAAACAACUUUGAAGCAGAUGCCUACUUCGUUAAAGUCAUUGUUCUCAGCGGGCUUUGUUCCAAUGACUGUCCUCGUAAAAUAACGCCCUUUGGUGUGAAUCAGCCUGGACCUUAUAUCAUGUACACAACUGUAGAUGCCAAUGGGUACUUGAAAAAUGGUUCAGCUGGACAGCUCAGCCAGUCAGCACACUUUGCCCUCCAGCUCCCCUAUAAUGUUUUGGGCUUGGGACGCAGCGCUAAUUUCCUUGACCACCUGUUCGUUGGCAUUCCUCGCCCACUGGGAGAAAAGGCUGUAAGAAAACAGGAAUGGACAGCCAUCAUCCCAAACUCCCAGCUCAUAGUCAUUCCAUAUCCUCACUACCUCCCUCGAAGCUGGAGCGCCAAGCUGUACCUGACCCCGAGUAACAUCGUCUUGCUAACAGCUAUCGCCCUAAUUGGUGUCUGUGUUUUCAUCCUGGCAAUAAUUGGCAUAUUGCAUUGGCAAGAAAAGAAAGCAGAUGACAGAGAGAAACGGCAAGAAGCCCAUCGCUUCCAUUUUGAUGCCAUGUGAUAUGCCUUAAGGAGCUGCUGCGUAUUAUCUGGUUCUAAAAUACUGUAUUUGAGCCUAGAAGGGGCAAAGGAGAGGGUGUUCUUUCUGUGCUGUUUGUAAAUGUUGCAUUGUUUUUAAUUUAUUUGUAAAGUGUUAAAAUCAAGCUGAUCUCACAUGGCCUUGGUUGUAUAUAUUUACAGUUCUCUCUUUGUUAAACAGUGCUGUAAAUUCAGCUUUAGUAGUGAAUCAUACUGCAUGCAUUCCAUAGUUUUGAGUACUCCCACUUUCUUCUGUGGAAUGUUUCAAGAAAAGGCAGUUCUAUGUAAAUGGGAAGUAGGUUUCAGUGAACAAAAUCCUUUUAGUGCCACUUGAAUAAAUCCUGUCACUUACACAUUCCCAAAAUGUGAACUGCAUUUUUAUAAUUUCCUCUCCAGCAAAUUGUCAGAUAAGACUAGACAUCUCAUGUUAUUCUGAGUAUACUGUAGGGUGUUUGAUCUGAAGUGCUCUGGAUUGCUUAUCUUAGUAUUAAUCUUUCCAUCCAAUCAAGUGAGAGGGGAAAUUUUAAAUUGGAAGAUAAAAACAACCAAUUAAUUGACCACAAGGUCUGUUAAUAGUUGAGAUAUAUGUAAUUCAACUUAUAUUUUAAAUUAUGGCUUCCUAAAAUGGAAUAAUGUCACCUUUACUUAUUCAUAGCUGUAGUUAUCAUGCAGGUAAACUGAAGCUUAAUCAUGCAAACUAUUCACCAGUGAUGAGUGGCUCAAUAAAUGAGGUUCGUGGGGAAAGAAUGAAGAUAGAAUUCUCUGUGGGGGGGAAAAGUGUGUUCCAAAUUCCCUUGUGAUUAAAUACUAGAUGAAGCUAUACUUCAUUUUCCAUGUAAUUCUACCUGAGGGUAUGUUGCAGUACCAAGCCAAAGUUUUGUAUUUGUGACUGCCAGCAAAGAGAAUUUACAAUUUUUCAUAACACAGUUAUGCUUUUUUAAAUUAUUAUUAUUAAACAAAUUAUUUUGGAAACGCA